AGAAGCAAAACAAGUUACAAAUCAGAAAGAAGCGAAUAAUCAAAAGUUAAAAAUACUUUAAUAAUAUAUUUUGCUUUUUAAGUAAAUAAAAUGGUCAAGAUAUACGCUAUUAGUGUUUUCUACAAAUCUACAAACGACGCAAAACUUUUGAAAUCUCAUUACGAUCUGCAAAGCUUUAGUUUUUUCCAGAGAGGUAGUGUUCAAGAGUUUUGUCAAUUUGCUUCAAAAACUAUUGUUGAAAGAACAUCAACAAGUACAAGACAAUCUGUAAAGCAAGAUGUCUACAUGUGUCAUGUUUAUGUUCGAUCGGACAAUUUAGCAGCUGUUCUUAUCGCAGAUCAUGAAUAUCCUGGACGAGUCGCUCAUACUCUGAUAACUAAAAUUCUUGACGAAUUCUCAUCAAAAGUGUCCAGCGAUCAAUGGCCUAAUGGAACUGAACAAAGUAUAAGCUACACUCAACUUCCCGCUUAUGUUGCCAAAUAUCAGGACCCACGUGAGGCUGACCCACUGACAAAAAUGCAGGAAGAUCUUGACGAAACAAAGAUAAUCUUGAGAAAUACUAUUGAACAAGUUUUAGUGCGAGGGGAAAAAUUAGAUGACCUUUGUAAUGACAGUAAAUUAGUAGUGAAGAUGGCUGUUAGACAAGUGUUAUUUAUACAAGGCUUACAGAAUUUGACAAAAUACAGAAAUUUAAAUUUUAUCAGACAGGAUAAGUUUGGUAUAAAUAAUGUCAGAUACAUGAGAAAUAGAAGUAAUCGAGACAUUAAACAGAAUCUUCGGCAAUACAAUAAUUCAACUACACCUUUCGAAGGAUAUAUUCCACCUCCCAACCAUAUAGGAAAAGAUGUGCUCCCAAAAGCCUUAGCAUUCACUGUCGCUUUCACAGCAGGAAGCUUCAUGAGUGUCACUAUUUGGGAGUAUGAGAAAAUUAGAGCCAAAGCAAUAAAUGUGUUAAAGAAAUCAAAUCCCAUAAAUUGGCUCAAGAAAAAGCCCCAAGCUGAGCUAAUUUUAUCUGAUUUAGAAGUUGAACUAGCUAGGAUAAAGAAAGAAAUUGAAAUAUUAUGGAAUAGACUGACACCAGGGCAACGAGUGUUCACACCGAUUCUAGCUUUGAAUCUAAUCGUGUAUGCUUUAUGGCGAGUUCCAGCAAUGAAACCUUUUCUUUUGAGAUAUUUCUGUAGUAAUCCAGCAGCAAAAGCCAUCUGUUGGCCGAUGUUUCUAUCGACGUUUAGUCAUUAUUCGCUAUUUCAUCUGUUUGCCAAUAUGUACGUUUUACACAGCUUCAGUGCUGCCGCAAAUGCGUUAGGCAAAGAGCAAUUCCUUGGUCUUUACUUGUCUGCUGGUGUAGUUUCUUCUCUUGCAUCGUAUAUGUUCAAGAUUGUCACAGCUAAUCCAGGAUAUUCAUUAGGAGCUUCGGGAGCUAUCAUGGCAAUUCUCGCUUAUGUUUGUGCUCAUUUCCCAGAAACAAAAUUAUCCAUCUUAUUCAUCCCACAAUUUCAAUUCUCUGCCGAAUCUGCAAUACAAGCAAUAAUAUGUUUUGAUCUUGCCGGCAUCAUCUUUCGUUGGAAGUUGUUUGAUCAUGCUGCGCAUCUUGGUGGAGCUGCUGUUGGCUUAUUCUGGAGCUACUAUGGUCAAACUCAUUUAUGGCCAUUAAGAGAACAUUUUAUCGGAUACUGGCAUCAAUUUAGAGGUAAACCUUAAAAGAUGUUCUAAUGUCAGUGACUUUAAAACGUAGAAUAAAAGCUGAAAAUUCUAAUUACAUUUAGAAAAAGUAAUAAAUAAACA